GCACUGGGACAGGAGAGGCACGUAGCAAUGGAAGUGGCCGAACACCGCUAAGUUAAGUGUUCGUUUUCUGAGACGUGCUGACCAAGAUGCUAUGUAUUGUUUUGUUAAUAAUCAACUCAUUUUAUAGUAUUAGCUAACACGCCAGCAGGAAGUGUUUCGGACCUAAAGCCGACAUUGUAAACAUUACAACUGCCCGUCAAACGGUACAGUUAACUUCAGCUGACGUCAACAGGUUCGUGAGGAGCUGUCCCAGUCAUCUCACCUCAUCUGACCCUCCAUCGUCAUAUCUACUGAUCCACUGAUCUACCACAAUGGUUAACGCAGAGUCUGUCAGUGUACGGGUCUUCUCUCUGAACUGCUGGGGGAUCCAUUACAUUAGCAGACACUGUUCUCAGCGCUAUGCCAUGAUUGGAGAAAUGUUGUGCAAGGAAGAGCAUGAUAUUGUCUUACUGCAAGAGGUGUGGAGUGAGAAAGACUAUCUCUCCUUGAAAAAGAAACUUGCCUGCAGUCAUCCUCACUCUCAUUACUUCAAAAGUGGAGUCAUAGGCAGCGGACUGGCCAUUUUCUCCAAACACCGAAUCCAUGAUACAUUUCUUUAUCGCUACUCAGUGAAUGGUUAUCCGUACAUGGCUCACCAUGGAGACUGGUUCGGAGGUAAAGCUGUUGGCAUGGCUGUCUUAAACAUUGGCUCCCUGACUGCAAACGUCUAUGUUACUCAUCUACAUGCAGAGUACUGCAGAGACAAGGAUCCUUACCUACCUCACAGAGUGGUUCAGGCCUGGGAGCUGCAGCAGUUUAUUCGAUACACAUCUACUGAAGCAGAUUUGGUGAUUUUGGGUGGUGACCUUAACAUGCACCCUCAGGACCUUGGCAACAGGCUACUGAGGACUUACACUGGACUCCGUGACUCCUAUUUAGAGACUGCUAAAUUUGAUGGGUGUGAGGAUGGUAUGACACUAAUAGCAGACAACCCUUUUAUCUGUAAAAAGGAGCUUGUUCCCUUUGAGAAGGGAAUUCGAAUCGACUAUAUCCUGUUCAAGGGUUCUUCCAAAGUGGACAUUUGUUGUGAUUUCAUGUCCACCACCAAGGGCUCUGUCCCUGACCAUCCAUUCCCAUACUCCGACCAUGAAGCUCUGACAACUGAACUUAGGCUAGAGACACACACUCCAACUGAGGCCAGGCUGGACAAGCAAUCAAAGAAUCAGGACUCUGCUGCAGGGGAGGUGGCUAAGUUGGUCGACAUUGUGACAGAGGCCCGUACUGAAGUCAAAGUGGGUUUGCACUGCGCUGAGAGGAUGCGCUACACAGCAACGCGCACUGGAGUGAUGGGUUUGGCCCUCCUGAUUCUGGAACUGGCCAUCGCUGCAGUGCCCUGGUUGGCCCUGGGAGCAGAACAGCCUUUCCCUUGCACCUCCUUCUACCUGCUUGCUGCAUUGUGCUUCGCCAUCCUGCUGACCACCUCUCUGCUGUACAUCUUCUAUACAAUGGAGCUGAAAUCACUUCAGGGGGCUGAAGACCAGAUGAGGCUGGCUGUAGGUAGUCUGCAAGAGAAGCUCAGGGGUUUUCCUUUGGCUCAGCCCCACAACCCCCAGCGGAGGCCCCCAGAGGGUCAGGAGCCCAGUGCCUUUGGCCCAAAGUAAUAAUGCAGAAGCCAGCUGGGUUAAAGUGGGCUCUCUGAAAGAAGUCUGUGAAGUGAGCUUUAAGAUGAAUGUGUGUAGUCAUUUAUUCUCUGAAUGUGUUAUAGGCUGUUGAGAUUGAGAUUGCACUGUAGAAUGGAGUUUUCGAAGGGUGUUUCUGAAAGUAUUGCAGGACACAUGCUUUGACAUUUUUGUAUUUUUUUAUAUACACAUCUUUAGCCUUUUUACCCCUAGGUUUCCCUCUAUGCACUUCAACAAACAUGCUUCCAUCUACACAGUAUGAUACUUCUUUAUGACUGCUGUUCGUAAAGGUCAUAAAUGUGACCAUUUGUGUUUUUAAAAAGACUCCAACUUGCAUUCCACUAACCAGUAUUUCAGCAGGACCAGUUGUUUCUGUUUUUGAGUGAGUCCACCACAAGGUCAUAGAAAGUAGCCAUGUGGUCUCCACCUCAUGUAAGACACAGACACUCCAAAGGUUGUAGAUUUACAAUUUGGUCAGUAUUGUUUGCUGCAGGACAGAUAACCGAUAAAAGCUUCCAGUAGCACUUAAAGAUCCUCAUGCGCCAGUUAAGACCUUUAACUGUAUUUAUACUGUAGGAAAAGGGACAAACGCUAUCUGCAUGUCUCAUUUGUCAUGUUCACCGUCUUGCACUUGAGAAAGUAUCUUUUAUAAUAGAGACAAUCCAACCUCCUCUUUAUUUUACUCCUAGUAUAGCAGUGGGAAUGCGCUGAAGGUAUUAUGUCCUAUAUAUAUACUCUUAACUUUGACCUACUUUUUAUGACAUGUUUUGUAAAACAUCACGUUCUGUAGAAAAGUAUAAAACUGCUUUAUAUGUAUUUAGUGUGCAGUGCACUUACUUGACUAAUCAGAUAAACCACUUCCUUUGUAUGAUGCUAGGAAAUUGCUUAAUGUUCCAUAACUCUGUAAGAGUGUUAUGACUCCACAAGAACCUAACGGUGACAUGAUCAUUUUUAAAUCUUAAAUUUCACCUCAAUGACUGAAAAGUAUUUUGUAGUUGUUAAUUUGAAAAGUCACAGAAUUUCAGAUGAUACCUGAUGUUGAUUCAUCAGUUGGAAAUUGUGAUGUGCAUGAUUAAGAAAACAAUAAUAAAGACUUUAUUCCCAUGCC